GGCGAGGCGCUCACGUCGACGGAGGAGUUUGGACGCAGGGUAGGGGAGACGCCGCUGGGCUGGGACACCUUGGCCCGGGUCCCGGCUGGCGACGGGUCCAAAGCCCUGCGAGUUGGUGGUGGAAAAGCCCCUUCCAGGCCAGGGAGAGGACAAAGGGUGACAGGAGCAGGCCGUGGCUCCCUCGGGGAGGAGCGAGCGCCCGCCCUCCGCGACAGACUCUGCCACGUGCCGUGGCUCAGCGCGGCUGCGCAGGCGGCGUGUCGAGCACCUCCACGGUCUGGUUCGGUGGCGUUCCUGGGGCUGUACCUCGUGUUCGGCUACGGCGCCUCGCUGCUCUGCAACUGCAGCGGCAGCGCCCUUCCCCUCUCCUGCCGCAGCAUCAAAGCCAUCGAGAGCUCCAGCAAGGAGGACGACACCACGUGGCUGACCUACUGGGUGGUCUACGGCGUCUUCAGCGUAGCCGAGUUCUUCUCCGACAUCUUCCUCUACUGGUUCCCCUUCUACUACGCUGGGAAGUGCAUGUUCCUGGUGUGGUGCAUGGCCCCCGUGUCCUGGAACGGGUCGCAAGUGCUCUACCAGAACGUCAUCCGGCCCUGCUUCCUCAGGCACCAUCAGACCGUGGACAACGUGCUGGGCAACCUCAGCACCAAAGCCCUGGACGUGGCUUCCAGCGUCGCCCGAGAAG